AUGGCGCCAGUGAACUCCUUCAAUACAUUGUUCCACGCACAGGCUUUCUGGGGCCUGAUGAUGCCUGUUUCAGUGAGUUCAAUGGCGGCAGAUGUCAUCCGUGGGUACUGGGCUCAGCGGAUCUUGUGGGAGAUUGGUGGGUACGUGGCUUUCUAUCCACCAACUAUUUACCGGAAGGAUCAUGUGCAGGCCUACCCAUUUGCAGAGGAGAAGGAUCUGCAUGUGAAUGUUGGUAGACUGAUCAAAUUCUUGAAUGAGUGGAGGUCAAACAAGCAGAGCCUGUUCGAGAAGAUUCUUGAUUUAAGCUACGCCAUGGCUGAGGAGGGGUUCUGGAUGGAGCAGGAUGUGAGAUUGACAGCUGCUUGGCUGCAGGAUCUUCUGGCAGCAGGGUAUCGGCAGCCUCGGCUCAUGUCAUUGGAGAUUGACAGGCAACGGGCAACCAUUGGGGAGGGUGACAUGAAGGAGUUUGUGCCCAAGAAGCUGCCAUCCGUGCACCUUGGGGUUGAUGAAAUUGGCACAGUGAACUAUGAGAUUGGAAAUCUGAUUAAGUGGAGAAAGAACUUUGGUAAUGUUGUGCUGAUCAUGCAUGUUAGUGGACCUGUAGAUCGUGUGGCCUUGGAGUGGAGGCUGCUAUAUGGACGGAUAUUCAAGACCGUUAUUAUACUUGCCGAGCAUAGCAAUGCAGAGCUUGCUGUUGAACGCUGCGCUCUGUCACAUGCAUACAAGUUAUUUGAGAAUAAACACAUUUUUGCUCAGUUAACUAUGUUCUAUCUUGAUAUGUGUACCGUACCACCUUAUGCGAAUUCUGCUAAUCAUGUGAACAACAUUUUGCAUUUUGUCAUCAGGUAUCUUCCCAAGGUGUUUGCAAGAUACGGUGGUGCUGAUGGAUUUCUCUUCCUCCAAGACCACAUGAUUCUUAACUACUGGAACCUUCUGCAAGCCGACAAGGAAAAACUCUGGAUAACUGAUAAGAUUGCACAUUCUUGGGUUACUAUUCCACUGGAGAGCAAUAAAGAGGAAUGGUUUGUUAAGCAAGGUGCUAUGGUUAAGCAGGUCGUUGGCAGUUCCCCUGUUCAUUUCCAGUCCAAGUAUAAAGAAAGCAUGGGCGAAGAUAAGAUUGUGUUCUGUGGCAGCGAACUGUUUUAUGUGCCCCGACAGUUUGUUGAGGACUUCGGUGAUCUUGUGGGUCUCGUUGGCAGUUUGGAUCUGCAUCAUAAGAUUGCGGUCCCGAUGUUCUUCUUGGCGAUGGACUCGCCUCAAAAUUUUGAUUCCGAAGCUCUGGCCGGAACAGUUUUCAAGACCAACUUGGCAGCCAAUGAGACUUUCUCAAGUAUUUAUACAGCUCAGUCACCUGCUGUUUUCCCAGUUAAAGUGAUGAACGAGAUUGAUUUCAUCAAGCGAGGCCAGAGUAGACAGCGAUAG